AGAACCCAAACUUCCCUGAGUACUUGGAGCCAGGAAAGAAGCAUGAAGUGGCUUGUGCUCCUCGGGCUGGCGGCCUUCUCAGAGUGCAUAGUCAAAAUACCUCUAAGGAGAGUGAAGACCAUGAGAAAUACCAUCAGUGGGAAAAACAUACUGAACAGUUUCCUGAAGGAGCAUACUUACAAACUGUCCCAGAUUUCUUUUCGUGGCUCAAAUCUAACUACUCACCCGCUGAGAAACAUCAGGGAUAUGCAAUACAUGGGUAACAUCACCAUUGGAACACCCCCUCAGGAAUUCCAGGUUGUCUUUGACACAGGCUCAUCUGAAUUGUGGGUGGCGUCCGACUUUUGCACUAGUCGAGUCUGUGCUACACAUGUUAAAUUCAGACAUCGUCAGUCUUCCACCUUCCGGCCUACCAAUAAGACCUUCAGGAUCAGCUAUGGAUCCGGGAGAGUUAAAGCAGUUGUUGUUCAUGACACAGUUCGGAUUGGGGACCUUGUAAGUACUGAUCAGCCAUUUGGUAUAACUGUGAAGGAAAAGUGGUUGGAGGGCCGAAAUUAUGAUGGUAUCUUGGGCUUGAACUACCCCAACAUCUCCAUCUCUGGAGCCAUCCCCAUCUUUGACAAGCUGAAGAAUGAAGGUGCCAUAUCUGAGCCUGUUUUUGCCUUCUACUUGAGCAAAGAUGAUCGGGAGGGCAGUGUGGUGAUGUUUGGUGGGGUGGACCACCGCUACUAUGAGGGAGAGCUCAACUGGGUACCAUUGAUCGAAGCCGCCGACUGGGUUGUACACAUGGAUCGCAUCACCAUGAGAAGAAAGGUUAUUGCUUGUUCUGGUGGCUGUGAGGCCGUUGUUGACACUGGGACAUCAGCAAUCGAAGGCCCAGAAAAACUGGUAAAAAAGAUACAGAAGCUCAUCGGCGCCAGGCCACGAGGUUCCAAGUACUACGUUUCAUGUUCUGCGGUCAAUACCCUGCCUUCUAUUAUCUUCACCAUCAAAGGCAUCAACUACCCAGUGCCAGGUCGAGCUUACGUCCUCAAGGAUUCUAGAGGCCGCUGCUUUACCGCCUUUCUAGAGGACAAAGUGAGUUCAUCUACAGAGACCUGGAUCCUGGGUGACGUCUUCCUGAGGGUGUAUUUCUCGGUCUUUGAUCGAGGAAAUGACAGGAUUGGCCUGGCACGGGCAGUGUAA